AAUUGUGUCAAAAACCAAACAGACAAGCAACAAACCGACAAGAUGUUGAGCUUCAGUGCAACUUUCUCGACUGGUUUAGUCCUGUUGAUACUUAUGCCUGCAGCACUCAAGGCAUAUAUAGAUGUUGACUACCAUCCCAUUGACAAGCUGGUUGGAAAUCUUCCACGCAACCCCUAUUUGCGUAUGAAUAUGGCCCUAAACAAGUACACACCACCUGAGGAAAUGAGUUCUAGUUUUUGGUACGAUAAUGCACAUGAAGAGGUACAGAAACGUUUGAAUGCACAGAAACUCAAUUUGAAAAAAGCAAAGAACGUGAUCAUGUUUUUGGGAGAUGGUAUGUCCUUAAACACAGUUACUGCUGCACGUAUAUUGAAAGGUCAAAAAAAGGGCAAUACUGGUGAAGAGGAAAUUUUAAGCUUUGAAAAGUUCCCUUACAUUGGCUUAAGCAAGACCUAUUGUGCUAAUGCACAAGUACCAGACUCUGCCUGUACCGCCACAGCUUAUCUAUGUGGUGUGAAAACAAACAUUGUGGAAAUUGGCGUCACCGCUAAUGUUAAAUACAAUGACUGCGAAGCAAGCAUGGAUCCACUCAAUCAUGUUAGUUCAAUAGCAGAUUGGGCACAAGCUGCUGGUAAAUCAACCGGUUUUGUGACCACUACCACUCUAACACAUGCCAGUCCUUCCGGUUCUUAUGCACAUGUAGCAAAUCGUUUCUGGGAGUGUGAUACCGAUAUACGAACACAAAUUCCAGACGUUGAUGUCACAAAAUGUAUGGAUAUAGCUCAGCAAUUGGUCACACAAUCACCUGGUAAAAAUUUCCAAGUUAUGAUGGGCGGUGGUAUGGGUAAAUUUUUACCAAAUACAUUGCAAGACUUACAUGGAAAAAUGGGUGAACGUCAAGAUGGAAAAAAUUUGCUUUCUACUUGGCAAGCAAUGCAUGAAAAAGGUGUAAUAGUUAGCAAUCGCGAUACACUAUUGAAUCUUGACGUAUCAAAGGUCGACAAUAUCAUGGGUAUUUUUGGCUCAGCUAAUAUGAAUUUCCAUUUGAAUGCUGAUCCAGCUAAGGAACCAACUCUGGCUGAAAUGACAGAAGUUUCACUCAAAUUGUUGAGUAAAAAUGAGAAUGGUUAUUUUAUAUUUAUUGAAGGUGGUCUCAUUGAUUAUGGCAAUCACGCUAAUAUGGCUGGUGUAAGUACAGAUGAAACACUUGAGUUUGAAAAAGCCAUACAACUCGCACGUGAUAUGACUAAUCCAGAAGAUACUUUGAUCGUUGUAACUUCCGAUCACGCACAUCCAUUAAGUAUAUCUGGCUAUCCAGGAAGAGGAAAUCCUAUUUUGAAUUUGAACGUAAACGAUGAAGAUGCAAAUGGUAUACCUUAUGCUACUCUAAACUACGCUGUUGGUACGAAUCAAUAUUUGGAUGAAUCCGGUAAUCGUAUUGAUUUAACUGGCAAAAUGGGUGGUUCAGAUUUUGUUUUCCCAAGUUAUAUCAAAACUGAUAUAGGAGUACAUGCCGGUGACGAUGUUGGUAUUUUUGCUUCCGGGCCAUAUGCUCACUUAUUUGCUGGGUCAUUGCAACAGAGUACUAUACCACAUUUAAUGGCCUAUGCUGCAUGUAUUGGAAACGGACCUACUGCUUGUGAUAAUGUUGAAGAAAAUUGACCGUUUGUGAAAAUUUAUUCGAACUAAAUUUUUUUAAACUAAAUUUGUUUAAAUCUACUUUAAAAUUGAAUAA